AAAAUUUAAAAUGGCUGAUCUACCAACCGCUGUCACACAGGCAAGCGUUUCUGGAAAUGGAAGUUUUUGAUUCUACAAGGACCAAAUAGUUGUGGUCUCAGAGGAAGGAUAUAUUAAGAAGUUCGAUAUUGACAAGACCUCUGGAGAACUCAAGAUUGAUACAACAGUUCCUAUAUCACAAAAAGUCACUGAAAUUGUAUCAAACACUAAAGACAACAUUGUGUAUUCAGGCAAGGAUAAGGCUGUUAAUAUGGUGUUUAAGGAGAAAUUUGAUAAAGCUACUAAGAUCACGAACCCUUCUGAGCCAGUGCAUAAGCUUAUUUACCCAAACAAGAAGAUUGUAUUGAUAUGCUCUGAAGCAAACCAUAUGGAUAUUUAUUGGAUAGAGAAAGAAAAGAUCACUAAAAUGAUCCCAGAGCAUGACAAGCCAAUUCUAAAUGGCGAUGUAGACCCAGGGUCAGAAUAUAUUGCAACAACUGGCUGUGACGGAACCUUGAAUAUUUGCAAACUUGACUUUGAUCCAAACAAACUUGAGCUUGUUUAUAGUAGCGAAAUUAGUGAAAGAGUUGAGUUAUACUCAGAACAAAAGCUCCAGGUUAAAUUUUCUCCUGAUGGCAAAAACCUUGCUAUUGCUGGAAGUAAAGAGCUUAGAAUUGCUGAAAGAAAUGCAUUUGAAGACAUCAAAUCGGUUCCUGAAAUCGCUCACGAUGAUCCAAUCUCCCAAGUUUGCUGGGUAAAUUCAAAUAUCCUGAUUACUGCUGAUACUCAGAAUGUAGUUAAAGUUUGGAACUUUGACACUAAGAAAGAAGUGUUCAAGUUUACUAAUCCAAAUGAUCUUGUUUGAAUGGAGUAUUCUCAAACUAAUAAUUGCUUCGCUCUCUUUGAUACUGAAGGAUGCUUAGUAGUGAGCACUCAAGACUUUCCUUCUCAUAAAGACCUUCAGCCAGUAGAAAAAGAAGAGAAAGACGAUCUUCCACAGAGCAAAGGUCAGGAUCAGAAGGAAGAUGCCGAGAUGGAGCCAGAGAAGCCGGAGGAAUCAAAAUUUGCUGGAAACUAUGAGCUUGAUAAUGAUUAUCCUCAAGAAUAUAACAACACUGUGAAUGACUUUAUUGGAGCCAGACCUCAAGUUUCAAUCAUGCCAGGAAAUGUGACUGAGGAUGAUCAACUUGAAUACAGAUUCUUAUGUUGGAAUCAAGUAGGAAGUGUUGCUUCAAGAGGAGAAAUGAAUUCAAAAUAUAUUGAAGUUGAGUUUGCAGAUAAAACUUUCCAUAAAACAAUUAUUACUGAAGAUGAAAUUGAGACAGAAAUGGCAACUCUUAGUCAUAACGGUGCUUUCCUCGCUUCCAAAGCUGAAGAAGUUGAUCUAGAUCAAUAUGAAGAUGAUACUAAUGGUCAAAAAUAUAUUUCUCAAUUGAAGUUUAUUCCCUUCACUUCUUGGAACUCCAUUAAGCCAUGGGGACUCGAUCUUCCUAAAGGAGAAAAUACUGAAGGAGUAGCUCUUGGUUCAACCUUCUGAGCUGUGUCAACUGAUUCUAACUAUGUUAGAUUCUUCUCUCUUGAAGGAGUGCAAACAUUCAUGAUGUCUUGCUUCCAUUCUGUUGUAUGCAUGGCUGCUUACGAAAAUCUUCUUUGCGUUGUUUCUCAUAAUGGCCUUCCAAUGCUUGAAGCUCAAAAUUUGAAAUUAAAGAUUAUUGAUACGACAAAGAAUUAUGCUUGUAUUGUAGAGACUGAAGUACCAGUCACUCCAGGAGCAACUCUCCAGUGGAUGAACUUCAGUGAGGAAGGAAGUCUCUAUACUUAUGAUACAGAUGGCAUUAUGAGAAAUCUCAGCUUCUCACAUGGAAACAAUUGGAUUCCAGUUCUUGAUGUUAAGCAAAGAUACGAUAUUGAACCAUCAAAGUUCUGGAUUAUUGGCAUUAGUGAAGGAGAGAUCUCUUGCUGUGUAUUAAGAGCAAGAACUUAUCCAACACCUAUUGAUAAGAGUCACAUUCAAUCAUUUAAGCUCUGCAUUCCUCUUUUAGGACUAGAUACUACAGGAAAAGCUGAAAUAAAGAGAGAAAAUACAGCUGAUAAUGAGGAGAAGUUUAUUAGAGAAUCUAUCGAACUGACUCAUCAGCAAUGGAGGCGCCAUCAAUGGUCUAGCCUAAGAAAUUCAAGAACUCAGAAGAAUCCUAGUUACAAUCAGUCAAAGUCGAUCUUCACUGACAUUGAGAUGACACAGAGUAAAAAGGCUUUGGAUAAGAUAAUUAUCAACAGUAUCAGAAUUGCUGCUCACAAUGAUGACAAAGCUAAGAUUCUCAGUCUGGCAAGAAAGCUCCAUCUAGUCAAAUCCUACUCUCUCUGUAUCACCUUGCUUCAUGAAAUGAAAUUGCCAUUUGUCGCAGAUGAACUUCAAAAGGUAAUGGAGAAAAAGGAAAUGGAAGAGCAAAAUGAAAGAGAAAGACAGAUCUCCUCCUCACAGAACUCAAGAGAGAAACAAGUCAACAAGGCAUCAUCCCUUAGUGAGAAGAUCAUGCAAGCAAGAAUGAAUAACAUGGAAAAGAACUCAAAGACUGAAAAUGCCAAGAAAGAAAAUCCUAUUUUGGCAAGAAGUAUGAUGAAAAAGGAAGCAAAUGAAUCAGGUGUCAACAAAUCAGUCCCAAAUAAUCCUUUUGCAAACAAGGAGAAUAAGAAAGUACAUAACAAGAACUUCUUGAAUGACUUGCUAGGCCAGAAGGUUGAGAAGAAAGUAUCAAAUCUUGAGAAGCCAAAGAAUGCUAAGCAGAAGUUGUAAAUCUUUAAAAGUAAAUCUAACGCCAAAAAAUUCAAUUUUA